AUGAGUCAAACUAAUGUUGUUCGACAGUCUGCGUCUGGUGUCGUCAGAAAAUUUGAAGAAAUGAGGUAGUCCAUUUAACUUAAAAAUUCUAUUCAAGAAAUUAGAUAAAGUUAAGAAUUCUAAAAGUCAAGACCUGAUUUGGAAGAAGGAAACAAGCGUUAACACAUUAACUGUGAAUUUUAAGAAACAACAAUUAAAACAGAAGGCUUUAUGAUUUCUAACACUCAAACUGCUGAUGUAGCUAAAAAUAAUGUUAACAAAAAGUUAAAUAAGGAUCAAAAAUAAAAGCAAGACAUUGUUGAAAAAGUAGACCACAAAAUUUCUUUGGAGGAACUGAAAUAAAAGUAUUAAACUGAUUUCCAGAAUGGUUUAACUGAACAACAAGCUUAGGAAUUACUAAAAAAGUAUGGCGAGAAUAAGCUUACUGUUAAGUAAGGAACUCCAUUAUGGGUAAAACUCUUGAAAGAAAUGACUAAUGGCUUUUCACUUAUGCUUUGGGUUAGUGCUAUUCUAUGUUUCAUUGCUUAAGGAUUGCAGCCAAAUCCCUCUAACAUUUACCUUGCAGUAGUCCUCAUUAUUGUCAUUUUAAUUACCACUGCAAUUACUUUCUAAUAAAAUGCCAAGAGUGAAGCAUUGAUGAAUUCUUUUAAAAAUUUUAUCCCUGCAAAGACAAUAGUUAUUAGAGGAGGUGAAAUAAAGCAAAUAGAAGCUGUACAUCUUGUUGUCGGUGAUGUAGUUGUCAUAAGAAUAGGUGAAAAAAUCCCCGCUGAUAUACGUAUCUUAGAAUCAAAUGAAAUGAAAGUAGAUAAUUCCCCUUUGACUGGUGAAAGUGAACCUCUAUUGCGUACUACUGAAUGCUCUCAUCCUGAAAGUUAUAUUGAGACAUCUAAUAUAGCCUUCUUCGGUACUCUAUGUAAAGAGGGUAACGGAAAGGGAAUUGUUAUCUGUACUGGUGAUAAUACUAUGCUUGGUUAGAUUGCUGAUUUGUCUUCUGGUGAAAAGAAAGUCAAAACUCCUCUCCGUAUUGAGCUUGAUCGUUUUGUAGUUCUUAUUACAGUUAUUGCAAUAGUGCUUGGCGUCGCCUUUUUCUUACUUGCAUUACUUUAUAUGAAUUAUAAAGUUACUGAUUGCCUUGUCUUUGGUAUUGGUAUUCUAGUAGCUAAUGUUCCUGAAGGUUUACUUGGUUGCAUCACUAUUUCGCUUGCCAUUACUGCAAAGAAUCUCUCAGCUAAAAAUGUCCUCGUAAAAAACCUCGAAGCCGUAGAAACUCUUGGUUCCACUUCUUGUAUUUGCUCUGAUAAAACUGGUACUUUAACUUAAAAUGUUAUGUCGGUCAAAAAUUUGUGGUAUUCAGAUUAGAUCCAUCUAUCCAAGAACAAGGCUCAUCUUAAGCAAGGAGAAAUCCCUGAAUAUAAUACUGAAGAUCCUGACUUUAAAACUCUUUAGAAGGCUGCCAUGCUCAGUAGUGAAGCCCGUUUUGAUACUUCUACUAUUAAAGAAAAAGAGAAUAUCGACUACUUGACCUGUCCAGUAUUAGGAGAUGCAACAGAAACUGGUAUUAUCAGAUUCUAUCAAUACAUUGAAGAUGUAAAUUCCUUCCGUGAAAGAUAUAGAGUAGCUAAAAAUCCUGAUGGUACUUAAGGUAAAAUGCCUUUCAACUCAUAGGUAAAGUUUGCUUUGACAAUAAUUGAAGAGUAAACAUAAGAAAGUUACUAUACAGUUUACAUCAAGGGAGCUCCAGAAAAGAUUUGGAGUUUCUGCUCAUCCAUUAUAGUUAAUGGUUAGCCUUCCUAACUUAAUGAUAACUGGUAAAAGAAAUUCAAAGCUGUAAAUCUCACUUUUGGUAAAGGUGGUGAAAGAGUACUUGGUUUUGCUAAGUUGAGUUUACCUGCUGCUUAAUUCCCUCAAGGAUUUAUUUUUAAUGUGUCUUCUAUCUAAAAGUUCCCCUUUAAACUUACAAAUUUCUAGUUUUGUGGUCUUAUUUCUUUGAUGGACCCCCCUAAAUAGAGAGUCCCCUACGCUAUUUUAGAAUGUAGAUCUGCAGGUGUUAAGGUUAUUAUGGUAACUGGUGAUUAACCUCCUACUGCUGCUGCUAUUGCCAAAGAAGUCAAUAUUAUUCCCAAAGAUAUCCUAACCAAUGAAGAUCUUAUGGAAAGAAAUCCUAGUCUCAGCUGGUGGGAAGCAAGCGAAUAAUGCAGAGCUAUUAUUGUCCAUGGAGAUAGAAUUACUGAGUCUAUUGACAAAGCUCUAAGUGAAAAAAAGGAAGAUUGCUUUUAUUUACGUUAAUGGGUAGUUAAACCUUAUUGUGUUUUUGCUAGAACAACCCCAGCUCAAAAAUUAUAAAUUGUUGAUGCAUGCCAAAAGGAAGGAUUCAUCGUUGCUGCUACUGGUGAUGGUGUAAAUGACUCUCCAGCCAUCAAGAAAGCAGAUAUUGGUAUUUCUAUGAAUAUUUCUGGUUCCGAUGUUACAAAGGAUGCUGCAGACAUGGUCUUAGUUGAUGAUGAUUUUGCAUCAAUAGUUUUGGGUGUAGAAGAAGGUAGAAAAAUUUUUGAUAACUUAAAGAAGACAAUUGUAUAUCUUCUAACUUCCAACAUGACUGAAAUUAUUCCCUUCUUAGCUUUCAUUAUCCUCUAAAUUCCCUUACCUCUUUCCAGUAUUUAUAUGCUUGUCAUUUGUGUUGGUACUGAUGUUUGGCCAGCUAUUUCACUUGCUUAUGAAGAAGCAGAACUCGAUGUAAUGACGAGAAGACCUCGUAAUAAAUCUGAACAUUUGGUCUCAAAUAAGCUAAUUACAAUAGCUUAUCUCUAAACAGGUUAGAUUGCUAGUGGAGCUGGUCAUCUUGGUUAUUAUAUUGCAUUCAACUAUUUUGGUUUCCCAGUACUUUCUUUAUUCGGUCUUGCCUCUGCAACAGGAUACAGACCUGUACAAAAUGAUUUUGGAACUUAUUAUAAUCCUCAGUUGUAAAGAGACGAUCCAUACUACAACUCAGCUAUCUAUAAUAUUACAAAAUUCUAAGAUUGUAACAAACUCUCAACUGACCAAAAUAACGCUCUUUCAAAUCUUUAAUAUUCUUUGGAUUGGUUCACACUUUCUGAAGGUAAUUAUGAUCUAAGAAAAUCUUUGGUUAAGUGCGAUCCUGUUACUGGUGCCUUUAUACCUUGGAUUAAAUGGAGUGAUUGUGAUAUUAACAAAUCAUAAAAUUGGUCAGUUUUAACAUCUUAAACUGCUUGCUAUUCAGUAGAAGCUAUCAACUAUGCCUAAAGUGUUUAUUUCCUAACAGUUGUCUUACUUUAGUGGACAAAUGUAUUUGCUUGCAAGAGUAGAUCUAUGAGUUUUACAACAACUGCUUUUAAUUCAGUCAUGAUAUAAGGUGUUAUUUUCGAAACAAUUUUAGUUAUUUUCUUGCAAUAUGUACCUGGAGUCCAAACUGUAUUUGGUGGUAGACCUAUGUUCUUCUGGUUAUGGACAAGUUGUCUAGCCUAUACAAUGUUACUACUUAUAUAUGAUGAACUAAGAAAAUUCUGCUGUAGAAAAAGCAGAUGGUUCUAUAAAUAUUGCUAUUGGUGA